AUGUCUCUACCAGCUGCUGAAGUGGCUGCCGACUUUCGAGAUGCCCUGCAAGAUUUGAGGAUGAACAGCAGACCUGAGAUUAGCAAUCUAACCCUCAUCGCCAAAGAAAACACAGAAUAUGCGGAAGCCAUAUCCAACGAGCUCCAGAAGCAUAUCCAAUCGACUCGCCCUGAAUGGAAACUUCCCGCCCUAUAUGUCCUUGAUUCCAUCGUCAAGAAUGUCGGCACCCCAUACACUGUCUACAUCGGUCGCAACCUUUACAGAACUUUCAUGGACGCCUAUCUCGUCAUGGAUCAGAAUACCCGCAAAAACAUGGAAGGCUUGCUGAAGACGUGGAAGAUGCCUGUCCCUGAGUCCAUGGACCCACGUCCUGUGUUCCAAGCCGACGUGACGCAGGAUAUCGAGAAUGCACUGGCUAAAUUCCGCGCAGCUCAGCAGCAGAUUCGCCCACAGCACGCACUUCCACCUCGUCCUCCGUCGCUCAACGUCGCUUGGAGGGGUACAUCAACGCCGCCGCAAACUGGCCCACGUUAUGCUGCUCCCAACGACCCGCGUGCUCGACCAGCACAACCCCCGACUCCUCAGUAUGGGCCGCCAUCACACGCACCCACACCCCCUACAUACCAACAGCCUCAACAGCACGCGCAGCCCAUGUCAUCGGUUGACCUUGCUGACUUGAAGGUGGAAGUGACUCAGCUUAUUAGCACAACACAGAACAUGUUCGCGCACAACCCAGCUGAUGCUGCCCUACGCACAAAGUUAUCGGCACUCUUGUCCCUGAAGCAGAUCCUAGAUACGCAGACGUUGCCUCCUCAACAACUAGAGGCUGUACGCCAACAGGUUCGAGCAUUGGCACCUCCACCAGCACCAACACCGACAUUUGCUCCUUCCACUCCAGUAUACCCGCCACAACACGCAUUGCCUCCAGGUUAUCCAACCAACUUUUCUCCAAUAAGCGCACCUCCGAGCAGUGCUCCACCGAAUGUUGCACAACUUCUUGCAGGCUUCCGGCCACCGCCGCAGUCGACUCCGCAACCCGCACCGACCCCGAACCCACCUGCUUUGAACUUGGCAGAAUUACUCAAACGCGUAUCCUCUCCGGCACAAUCAAACUCGGUGCCUGCUCCAGCCCCAUUUCAAAUGCCAUUCCAAGGCUUUCCGCCACCAGUCUCGACCCCAGUACCAGCACCUCAGGCUCCCCCACCGACCCAGUCCGCGACACCCACUGCCAAUCUCGCCGCGUUGCUUGCACAAUUCAGCAAACCGGGUGCCGCACCCCCCUCAAUGCCUCCCACGCCUGUGCAAAGCACCCCCCUUCCCCAAUUACCACCGCAACCUCCCGCUGCAGCUCCAGCCCUUGGGUCAGCGGAGUGGCUUCUGAAAGCGCUAAGUGGUGUACCCGGUGGCAUGCCUGCGAACCCAACUCCAAUUGCAUCUCAGUCGACCACGCAACACGCAUCGGCGCCUACUGACUUGAUGGACCAGAUCGAGCUUACGACUGCGUCGAUGAAGAAGCCUCGUCUACAUCUUAUCUCUCGCCUUUACGAAGCCAAGCCCAACAUCUGCGCCACAUGUGGCCGUCGGUUUGAGAACACGCCUGAAGGCAAAGAAAAGAAGGCACGUCACAUGGACUGGCAUUUCAAGGUCAAGGACCCUGAUGCCGGCAAGCGAGGCGUACACCGUAGUUGGUAUAUCCCCGAGAAGGAGUGGAUCGAGUACCGCGAAGUGGAUGAGACAGCUCCCAACCAGUCCAACGGCACUUCUUCCGGUACUGGUGCUGCUAAACCGAAGAAGCAAGCCAAAGAUCGCUAUGUGAGCGUACCACAAGACGUCACAUUACAACAGGCGCCGUGUCCCAUCUGCCAGGAUAAGUUUGAGACACAGUGGAAUGUGGAGGCCAACGACUUCGUGUGGAUGGAUGCCGUGAGUGUAGGUGGUAAGAUUUACCAUGCUACUUGUUUUGAGGAGGUAUAUGGUAAGGGUGUUGGUAUGGAGACGCCAGGCACACCUGAUUCAGUACUUGGAAAGAGAAAGGCUGAUGUUGGCACCAAUGGAGAUGGGAAGAAAGUCAGGGCUUAUUAG